AUGUCUUUCGGGAAGGCAACUUCGGGAGACUAUCCACAAAGGACUGAACAAGAAAAGUUUUCAUACAUCCGCCAUCCGCUACUCGUAUCUGGUCGCACCCCGAAUGAGGAGGCCCACGUUUGUUGCUCGUUCCGCCUGCUUGCGUGCUUGGAGAGGAUAAAGGUGGUUCGACUCUUCAUAACUAAUCUUCUUUCUCUAAAGGCCGCUUCCCGGAAGGAAAGGAGUGGAGCAACAAGCACCCUUUCUCCACGUGCUAGGACUGAUUCUCGUGUCAAUUCAAUAAGGUCUGAGGAUGAGACAGGAUUGAAGCACCUUUCCCACAGCUCAUGGGCCGCGGGAAGUGGAAGUAGAAUGGCUUGGCUCAAAGCGAAUGGUCAAGGUCAAAGGAUUAAAAGGAUGGGAGUGAAGAUAGGCUUCGUCAUUAGUAGUGGGGAAGCUGGCCAAUUCACAAUGUGA